AUGCGAUGGCCGGUGUAUGCAACCGGACUAGUGAGGACAGAGGCCGAUGGACAGGCUUUAAUUAAACUGGCAGACCUAGACUGCGGACUCGCAUCAUCAGGAGAUCCGAAUCACGAAGGGAUGACAGACGAGUUUGUGUUGGAGAUGUUGGAUGCUGAACGAAAGCUGGUCCGUUGCGAUUUUGUGAGAGUGGAACUGCGUGUGGAACGGAUCGGUCAACGUACAUCCGAUCGAUCGACACCAAAACCUGUCUUAGUGCGGUGGCGGCCACACGUGAGCCCUAAUAAGAACGUCAUCAGAUUCAAUUGCAAGGGAAUGCACUUGAAGGGCCCCGUGAGGCUGUCUGCUGCUAUCAAGCUGACAGCAAAGAACAGUCAGCAACCAACCUCAGCUGCAGACGAGGUGAAUGGACACAUCACGGUUCAUCAUCGUGUCUGCUCUAGUUAG